AUGAAUUGUGGCCCGGUGUCACGCAUGGCUCCCCGGGCGGUCUGGCUCCUGGUCGCGCUGUCCGGUGUCCUGGAUGUGCGCCCCUGCUGGGCUUCUAGCUGUCCGACCAUCUGCCGCUGCUCCGCCGACACGUUCCGGUGCAGCAGAGACACUCAGCUGGCCUCCCGGACGCCACAAGCAGCCGUGCUUCGACUAAGGCUCACUCAUCUGCCCUUGAAAGUGGUUCCCACUCAUGCCUUCAAGGAGCUGAUCAACGUUACAAGAAUUGAGAUCUCCCAGAGCGAGCACAUCACACGUAUACAGAGACACGCUUUCCUCUCCCUCCACAGCCUGGCGGAAAUUUCGGUGCAGAGCAUCAACAGUCUGAGGGUUAUUGAAAAAGGUGCCUUCACUGAUCUGCCCAAGCUGAAACAUUUAAGCAUCUCUAACACGGGCAUGGUACACUUUCCAGACUUCACAACUAUCUCCUCCAUGGCACCAACUAUUAUCCUAGAAAUGGUAGACAACAUGAGGAUCGACAUCAUCCCUGCCAAUUCCUUCCGGGGUAUCACAGAGGAGUACGUCGACAUGAUACUGGUUAGAAACGGCUUCAAGGAAAUUAAGUGUCAUGCGUUCAACGGGACCAAGCUCAACACACUAAAUUUGAGCGACAACAGGUAUCUCAGUCACAUUCAAGAAGAUGCUUUUGAAGGAGCCACAGGUCCGAGUUCUCUGGAUGUUUCCUCCACAGCUCUAAGCUCCCUCCCCCCUAAAGGCUUGCGGCAGGUGAGGUUUCUGAAAGCCAGCUCUGCCUUCGCUCUGAAAAGCCUCCCUCCGCUGGAAAGCCUCGCUGAACUGCUGGAGGCUGAGCUCACGUACCCCAGCCACUGCUGCGCCUUCCACACAUGGCGCCGGAUACAAAGGGAAAGUGCCUUAAAGAACUUCACAAAGUUUUGUGAUCUCAAGGAAACAGAGAUAGAGCCCACUGCAGAUGGCACAAACCUCAUUAACGACAUCAACUUUCAGUAUCCAGACCUGGAAUUUGAUUGUCUUAACAACCCCUUUGUCAAGUGCACACCGACGCCAGAUGCUUUUAACCCCUGCGAGGACCUGCUUGGCUUCCCGUUCCUGCGCUGUCUCACCUGGAUGAUAACCGUCUUCGCUGUGGCCGGUAACCUGGCUGUUCUGGGCAUCCUGCUGAUUAGCCACCACAAGCUAACCAUCUCCAGAUUUCUCAUAUGUAACCUGGCCUUUGCUGAUCUGUGCAUGGGGCUCUAUCUGAUGCUAAUUGCCUUUAUGGAUUUCCACUCCAGACAAGAAUAUUACAACCACGCCACAGACUGGCAGACUGGGCCUGGAUGUGGCAUUGCAGGGUUUCUGACGGUGUUUGCCAGCGAGCUAUCAGUUUACACGCUGACUGUGAUCAGCCUUGAACGCUGGCACACCAUCACCAAUGCCAUGCAUGUCAACAAGAGGCUGCGGAUGCACCAUGUGACGGCCAUGAUGGGGGCAGGCUGGGGCUUCUCUCUGCUGGUUUCCCUGCUCCCUCUUGUGGGGGUCAGCAGCUACAGCAAAGUGAGCAUCUGUCUGCCCAUGGACAUCGACACACUGGGGUCUCAGAUUUACGUGGUGGCUGUGCUCAUUGUCAACGUUGUUGCUUUCCUGGUUGUCUGUUACUGUUACAUAUGCAUAUAUCUCAGCAUCCACAACCCGGAGCACUCCACCCGUCACGGAGACGCCAAGAUCGCCAAACGAAUGGCUGUGCUCAUUUUUACAGACUUUGUGUGCAUGGCGCCAAUCUCCUUCUUCGCCAUUUCUGCGGCCCUGCGCAUGCCCCUCAUUACCGUGUCUCACUCCAAGAUCCUGCUCAUCCUUUUCUAUCCCAUCAACUCCCUCUGCAACCCUUUCUUGUACACCAUCUUCACGCGGGCUUUCAGGAAGGAUGUGUGCCUGAUGCUCAGUCGCUGCGGCUGCUGCCACGCUCACGCCGACUACUAUAGAUCACAGACUCUGGCGUCACACCUGACCGGUACACAAAAAAUGCCCAACAGAAAACAUCACUCACUCAGCUUUUACGCCUAUCACAUUAAGAUGAAGGGUUGCUUUCUAAAUAAGGGAACCACAUGA